ACAGGAGACGGCGACAAUAGAGUGAGAAUAUAAACUGAUACUGUCUAAGGUGAGAGAGUGCAAAAUUGUAGGGCCAAAGUGAGGGAAGAUUCCCCCUUCUCGACCCCUCUAUCCCUCCACUCAACCCCUGGUUAUCAGUCCAAAGUUAAGGCCAUUUCCACUUCCGGAUCUUACUCGGUACCCAUCAUGCUUUCCGAUCUUUACCGGAAGUGACGCUUAUUCUGGGAAAACAAGAUGUCGGCCAUGAAGUCUAGUGCCAGGUAUCGCCUGGUUUUCACAUAGACGGGUGUCAUUAUCCUUACCAUGGAAAUAUACUGGAGUCUCCUUUGUAUUAGCUGCCUUUCUGUGUGGCUUUUGCCUGUUUCUGGGACUCGAUUCGGUGCUGGUCCACCGAAUACUCUGGAAUACAAAAACGCCUCCAUCGGAAACCUGGCGAGUGGAAAUGCAUCCCGAAACAGGGAAGAGGUCUGGCUAUAUAAAUAUGCCUGGAUAGACAAGACAAAGCCUCAUGCAGUUCGAAUAACAGUCAAAAGUGAAACAGCAACUGAACAGUUUCCUUUGUUAUUUGUUGCUCGCUUGCAGAGAGGGGUAAUUUCCUGGUCUAUACCAGAUGAAAGGUAUAAUUACCACCUGGCCAGUCGAACUCUUUGUCCAUUUCUUCAUGGUUUCAUUCCAUUAGCUGGAUUAGAAACAAAUGAAUCUUUCUCCAUUGAUGUAUCAACAGCUUCGCCAAAGCUUGUUAAUUACACCUUGAAAGCAGAAUUUGCUGAAAACUUUCUGUUGUCGUUAAGUGAUCCAUUAACAGUCACAGUAGAUCCAGCACAACCCAAGUACUUCUUGUGGAGGUACCCGGAUAAUGUUGACACUGUUCUCGUCAGGGCUGAGUCAAAGGAUGUUAAAUUGUGUGCCAUUCUGUCAAUUCAAGGAACACAGUGUCCUGUGUACGACUUGGCAAGGAACGUGGAAUUCACAGGCCACUUUCAGACUAUGACAACAAAAGCUGCCAUCACUAUGGAGCGUUCCAGAUUUGAUCAAAGUGAGUUCUAUGUUGUUUUAAUCGUCAAGUCAUCUGAUGAAGAAUGUGUCUCUGGAGAACGGUUUGCAGAGCCACACACAGAGAAGAAAGCUGGCUCUCGAGACUCUUAUUAUGCAGGUCCAUUAUCGCAAAGACAGAAGACCAUCAAAAUAACUGUGGAGCGCACAUUAUCCUCAAAGGAUUAUGUGAAGGCCAUAGUUGUUCCAAUAGCUUUCUUUGCAUCAUUUUAUGUCAUUGCAUUUGGUGUCCUCCUGGCCACCUGGUGUAGGCAAAAGGGAGGCAGAGAAAGAAGUUUUAGAUCUAUUUUGAUGCCAAAGGACACUGAUAUUCAAGAUGGGUUGUCAAUAAAUAGGCCUCUGAGGACAUCCUCCUCAAGAAGAUCUAGAGACCAUUAUGGAUCUACACCUCAAGGUACUGAUCUUGCUGUCCAUCAUGUUAAAUUCACCACAACCUCAGAAAUAGAUUUGUUGUUUGCUGAACACUGCUCCUUGCUUUUACUGUUACGACAGUUAAAUUAUCUCCUUUGUUUUCUUUCAUUCAAGGUGUACAGUUCAUUUGCUUUCUGGACAACAUUUUCCAUCAUCCAUAUCUUUGGAUGCUUGUACCUCAGUUCUCAGAUCUAUUACAUGGGAAGGGUCAAGUUCGAUGCUGGAAUGUUUUCAAGGAUUUUUGUUCUGCUGCGCUAUGACUGCUGUUCUUGUCCGAUAUACAAGGAUCGAAUGCUUCUUUUGGUGAUUGCCAAUGCGGUGAACUGGGUCUUUGCUAUAUAUGGUGUUGCCACUACUCCAAAUGAUUUCGCUACAUAUCUACUGGCAAUCUUGAUUGUCAAUGGACUUCUCUAUUUGGCCUUUUAUGUCAUCAUGAAGGUAUUGGUAUCAAGAAUUGUUCUCUUUACAAGCUACUGUUAUAUUACUUUCCUUAAAGGAAAAUGUUCUGCUGUAAUAAAUAGGUACAUUGGUUACUCUUGUACAAUUCUGGAAGCUUUCUUGUUGUUUUCUCCCUUGCAGAAGAGUCCAGCUCAGUCACGAGAAGGAAACAAAGAUUGCAUUCUGUUAGGAUUUUACGACGCCCAUGAUGUGUGGCACUUUCUGUCAGCGUGUGCCUUAUUCUUGUCAUUUCUGGGCCUCUUGACGCUGGAUGACGACUUGCUUAGAACGCCGAGAAGCAACAUUCCUGUGUUUUGAUCUCUGACAAUAGCUAUAAACCUGUUUACAAGUAGUCAAAGCCGUUAUGUUGCACGUCACGCUGCAUAAGAGCGUAGCGUUGCGUGACGACAAGGACAAUAUUUAGAAUCAGGAGACAUUUCAGCAAUAGCCUGCGACGAGGCUCACCUUUUGAGUCACACGCGUGAGCGGUGGAGACCGAGUCCGCGAGCGAAGCAAUCCGACGAUGAGGAGUCUGGUGAAGAGCCGCCGCUCGCAUGUGUGUUUUAUAAACGUGAGCCUGCAGGCUACUUCAGCAAUGAUCGUUUUAACUCUCUAGUUAAUUUUGGUGAUGCGUGAGAAAUGAGCGGCUGAAAAUGAAAUUCUAGGCUAUACUUUGGAUGAGGACUCAUUGAAGUGGAUUUAGAUACUAAAUUGGGUGCUUGGAAAUCUCUUUUGAGAGUUUUACCAGGUCUAUCUUGUGUAUGUGGUGUAAUAGGGAAGUUAGGCAAUGGGAAAGUUAAGGAAUGACGACAGCAACGCCAAGGCAACGUCGAUCAAGGAACGUCAUUUGGGAGCUUAAGCAAACCACCACGACGACGGCAACGAGAACGUCACCAAACAAAAGGUUUAAUGAGGAGAACAAUACCUGGCAGGUGCGUUAUAAAUCUUUGCAUAUUUCUCUGCCGUCCUCUGCAAAACAAGAACGUGAAACGACGAAGUUCCAAGUAGAAACCUGACAAAUCUGCCCCAUCGCAGUUUAAUUUCUGCAAAAUACGCAGGACUUGAUCCUUUCGCGUUGUUUUGCAGAGGACGGCUAAGAAAUGUGCAAAGAUUUAUAACGCAACGUUCAGAGCCAUUGAAUCUUUUGUUUUGCGAUCGUUAUAACCACGCACCCAGAGUCGUUCUCUCUUGACCAGCGAUUGGGAAGCGAACGACCCCAGAAUUGCAUACGCCUAGCUGACAAAAAUGAACUCUCGAAAGUUGCUCGUUUGUCAAGUUUGUGCAGCAAGAAACGAAGACUUCAGAAGCAACUCGAGAUUGCAUUAGUGGCGUUGCCGUCGAAAUUUCCUUUAGCUCCGUUCCUAUAAAUUCUGAGCGGUCGGGUAGCUUAAAGGACUUUUUCAGGUGGUAGUUUAGGUGAUCCUUGUUUAUUAUUAUUCGAAAUCGUCAGUGAAAGCCUUUGAUUGUUGAUGCUGCCCUUUAGAAGGUUAGGAACGGUAGUUUAUUAUAAACAUUUGAGUAGGCACGUUUUUGGCCAAUUUUAGUCCAGAGACCUGAUCCUUUGACGUGUUUUCAACGUAGAUGAACAUGUUAUAACAAAUAGUUUAUCGUUUUGAUAGUUCAGUUCAAGCACGAAAUAAGACUAUAUUUAUAUUUUCAUAAAAUGUUUGAUUGUUCAAUAGAGGAAUUAAAAUUUAAUGAUUACAUUGAUAGUA